UUAUUUUCUUGUUCAUACCUGUUGGAGUGGGCGUCACACUUGUGACACACCUGAUAGAAAGAUUUUAUUUUUAAGCAGAGAAUGAUAUUUUAUGCUUGAAAAAUGCUUGAAAAUGUUUUAGUGUGAUUUUAGUAGCACAGUUGAAAAUCCUAUAAAGAUCUGUUAUGUAAUAGUGUGUUUAAAAUUGCCUUUGUCUGAACAGCCCUCAAGUUAAGAGAAGAUAAUCAGCUUGAAACAACAAGUACUUGUACUUGGGAGUAGCUGAACCCCUAAUCUCUGAUCCAGCGUAACCCGAACCCUGCUGGUGGACCAGCCUCACAUGGGACAUAAAUCAAAGCUGUUUGCAAGAACACACACUUGUUAGGUUAGCUGCUGCUGCUGCUGGGACCACUGCACUAUCUUCCAGCAGUGGGGAUUGAAUCUUCCACCUGCAGGGGCUAGUGACCAGAAUUACUGGACAUUGGAAAGUCACAGAGGCUGACCAAGUGAUCAAGUGUACCAGAAACUUUUCUCUUGAGCAGGCUGGAAUUUUAAACAACAGAGAUUGAACAAAGUUGUACUCAUUGUGUGGGGAACAUUGGCCUGGUUUCCAGAAACUGUGCUCAUUUGACAGAAGAUACUUUGUGGCAGUAGGGUGAAAAGCUGUGCUUUGUCUCCUAACACAAGGGGAGGUUUGCACUAAGUGGAGCAGGAAAACUUGUGUCUAGUUGCAGCUUGAUUUGACAUAGAAGUGUUUGAAGUAAAACAUCUACAUUGCCUCCAUGGAGAAAGUAUUGGCCUUGGUUCUGCUGUUGGCCUUUGGUUCACACUUUGUCUCACCACAAAUAUCAGAGGCAGAUGACCAGAUGCUGAAUUUGCUGGAGAGAUGUUGUGACCUGGGAAAAUACUGGCAGGGUCGAGGUCUCUGCGACAACUACCCCAAGCCAAUAGGCGGUGUUCCAAUUGCCAACGAGACUGUCUGCAUGGGGUCCAUAAGACUGUGCUGUGUUCAGAAGCAACAACAAAUUGUUCAGUGUUCAGCAGGACGGCAGGUUGCCCAGCGGACCAAUGAGUGUGCAGAAAUAGGGAAUGGAGAAAGCAAUGAAAAAAAGGAUUGUUGUAACUGCUGUAAGCUGGGCCUCCUGGCACACAACAUUGGCGCCCGCUGUGACACAACCAGCUUUGAUACCAUGUGCGACGUUUCAUUCAGGGAAUGCUGUCAAACUGGAAAAGGCACGGGAAGUGGGGUUGGCUCGGUCACAGACACCACAAGGCGUAACAAUGGUGCUGAAAACACCAACCCAGUGAUAAAGGGACACUGUGAACUAUACCCAAAUCGCUUAUGCGCACACAUAUGCAUAAGCACACAAGGCAGCUUCCGUUGCGAGUGUCGUGAAGGGUUUGAGCUUGCAGCAGAUAGGCGAAACUGCAGACCAGCAAGAGCAUCAUCAAACAUUGCCAACAAUAACAACAACAACAACAACAAUAACAACGGUAACCUUCAACCCACAAACAACUGUCAGAUUAACAACCCCUGUGAGCAUCGCUGUGUGGACACUGGACAGGCUGUGCGAUGUGAAUGUUACAAUGGCUAUGAGCUGGCGAGAGAUGAGAUAUCCUGCACAGAUAUUAAUGAAUGCCGGCGUUACAACCCCUGUGCUCAAGGACAGGAGUGUCAGAACUCACUGGGGAGUUACCGCUGUAUUGGCCUCAGUGGAAACAUACCGCUGGUUCCCUCCACGGAGUGCACCCUGGGUUAUCAGUAUAACCCACAAAGCGGAAACUGUGAAGAUGUGAAUGAGUGUGUUAAUGGCAACUCUUGUCCUGGGGGGUCAAUUUGCAGCAAUACCAUUGGUUCCUACCAGUGCACUAGGGAGAGAAGCUGUGGAACUGGGUACACUCUCAAUGGGCAGACCAAUAUGUGUGAAGAUAUCGAUGAAUGUGCAAAACCAGAAACCAACAACUGCGGAACCGUCUUUGAGUGUGUUAACAUCCCAGGGUCCUUCAGGUGCAAGUACAAGACGUGUCCAGUGGGGUAUCGCCUUAAUGGCCAGACGGGGAACUGUGACCCAGUUUACUGCCGUACAGGAAUGAAGGCUGACCCAGUUACUGGACAGUGUGUGGACAUCAAUGAAUGUGAGGCCCAGGGCACUUGCAGUGUUGGUCAGAUCUGUGAAAACACUUUUGGAUCAUAUCGCUGCAGGGACAAGUGCACAUCUGGCUAUGAAGCUGAUGCCAACGGAAUCUGUAGAGAUAUAGAUGAAUGUGCCAGAGGAACUGCGAACUGCCCACCUGGCCAGCAGUGUUUGAAUCUCCCGGGGUCAUUCCAGUGUCAGUGUGGGGAAGGCUAUGAAUUCAACCCAACAACAAGAACUUGUGAUGAUGUGGAUGAAUGCACCCGCUAUGGCACCGUCUGCUCCUUGAAUUCAAAAUGUCAGAACACCCCAGGUUCCUAUGAAUGCACCUGUAACACAGGCUUCAAAAGAGCACGGAAUGGGCGUAACUGCAUUGACAUUAACGAAUGUGAGGAGAGUCCAGGCAUUUGUCCUCACAGUUGUAUCAACACCUGGGGCAGCUUCCAGUGUACCUGUAGAGAGGGGUUCAGACUGGGCACAGAUGGCAGGACCUGUGUUGACAUAGAUGAGUGUGAAGAGUGGGCAGACAAAGGGAGACUAUGUAUUGGACUGUGUCAGAACACUGAGGGAUCCUACACUUGCUCCUGUCCUGCUGGCUACAGAAUGACACCUGGUGGCAGAAUUUGUGCAGACAUUGACGAGUGUGCUGAAGGUUCUGCCAACUGUAACGGACCCAAUCAACUCUGUAUCAACACCAGGGGGAGCUUCAAGUGCAAUGUGAUCCAAUGUCCCCAAGGUUUUAUGCGUCAAGGCGGACAAUCAAGUGCGAAAAUCCUUACAGACGACGGCGUUCUUUGUCUGCGCAAGGCAUGUAGCACUCUCGACAUUGAGUGCCUCCUCAACCAGACGCGGUCAGUGGCCUUUCAGUACCUGUCCAUCCCAACAGUGACCAGACUAGAACCAGGCCGGAGUGAGCUGUUAAUGAGCGUCCAGGCACAGGUGGACGGCUACGUCAUGUAUCCCAACGUGAAGCUGGACAUUUUGAGCGGGAACGCCGAGGAGCUGUUUGAGUUGGCCAAGACAACCAGGACUGGAGGUGAGCUCCGCUUGAUCAAACCCAUACGUGGCCCCGCCCUCCAUCACCUGUCACUCUCCCUGGGCAGUCGGAACCGUGCAGGUUACCUGGUCUCCAAACACAUCGCCUUCGUCACCAUUGACGUGUCUAGGUAUCCCUUCUAGACACACUCUGGACCGCGUAAUUCAAGUACACGUAUUCGGAACAGGAUGAAAGCUCGAUGUCGUUUGUAAACAGCCUUUAUGCCAACACGAAGCCUAGGAUACAAUGGCAAUGCUAUGCCCGUACGAUGCACGUAUCCUGGGCGUAAAUCCCUUUCGUGCGACGUCUGUGCAGAGGCAGGCGGUGGCCAUGCCAAAUAGCACGGAUUUUCGGCCUCCGUACAUGUAGCCUAGAACCACGAUUUUUGUCAUACUCAGGCGUCGCAAGAAAGGGGAUUUACGGGCAGCAUUCGAGCUUUGUACGGAAAAUGCACGGCAAAUGCAAUCUAGGCUUUACUGACUUUACUCUGAUAGAAAAUGCCAUCAAAGUUCAUUGGCGCAAGUACGCGUAUUUGUCGUAAGCGGCGAAGUCCGCCUAUCGAUUGUUAUAUAAUUUUUAUAUAGGAUACGUGAUGAACUGCUGUUCUAUUUUAUCAAUUUACUCUCGUCUUCAUAUAUCGCCAGCUUCAUGUUCAGAAUGUUUUAGAAGGUCACGAUAUUCAUGUGUUGAAUUGAACCGUGGGAAGUUCUAUAAUAUUUUUUCGUACACUUGUACGUGCCAUGUUUAUUGCUUCCAGCUUUAAGUUACUACAGCAUUAUGAAAAAUAUGAUAUGCUUUUUACAUACUAUAUGAUACCUCGAAUAUAAGAUGAAACAUGCGAUAUUAACCGUGGGCUAGCCGGAGUACUUACAUACAACAGAAAAGUUGAGAAUGGCUACCAAUAUUUAAUUGAACUAAAUGAUGAUAUCACAAAUUUUGUAUUUGUAUCUUUCAGUUUAGAAUUCAAACAUCGGAUAUUUAGGUUCCCAUUAUGUUUCUUAUAUGAUUUUUACACGCAGUAUUACCAGUAUUAUCUCUUCUUUGGUGCACUCGCUGCUUUGGAGACGGCUGAUUUAGCAUUUUAUGAAACAGUCUUGUAAAUCAACACGCCGAUGAUGAUAUAUUACUAUGUACCACAAUACUGAUACAUCGGAUUUUGGUAGUGGGUAAUAUACAAUAAUAAUUUUGAUACAAAUUGACUUUAGAUAUAUAUUUAGCAAGAUGAUUUAUUUAAAAAAAUAUUUCUUUUAAUAAAUAUAACAUUUCAAAACAGUUCUUGGCGAAUGAUUUAAUUUCAGACAUGUAGGCUACCAUCCCAUUUCAGCGAAACAUAUGGGGUUAUUUAAACAAUAUUUAUGAAUAUGCACAUUAAUGUUUACCCUAGGUACACAAAGCAAUAAUCAAAGUAUUUUCUUAUAUUGCAGCUUAUGAUAUGCAAUACCAAUAAACGUCUGACUUGAA